GCCCACGAGAUAUUAAAUCAAUCGGUCAUUUAACACAGUCACCAUCGCUCUAGACGUCGAUGUGCUCCACCCAACGACGACGCGACUAAGACGGCGAGCUGCAUGUACAAAGACCUUCUGUGGCGCUCACUUGGAACUCACGUGUGACAACGCCACGAACCGAACAAAGUCGAUCUCUUGAGAAGGGGUUUGACUAUUUUCGUAAAGCGCGAACAACACCCGUACUCCUUCCGUCUUUGUCCCCAAUGCACCAGGUCACGGACAAAGGGCCUCGCGCGAGCACGUGCGAGGGAGCGCUGCGAGAAUGUACUUCAUCUCUAUGCCGACUGAUUUAUCUUCGAUGCCCUGGAACAAUUCUUCCGCACACUCUUUCAACUCGGACAAGGGCCGCAGAACCCAUCUCUGCACAACAAACCCUCAAACAACUUCAACCAUCUCGACGCCUUUUCACACACUGCCCACCACUAUGCCACCGUCUCUCUCCAUCAUCUCAUCUCCCUUCAAACCCUCUCGUCUCUCAACACCUCCCUCGCCCUUCUCCCCCCGCAGCCCGCUCACCCCCUGCCCCCUCCCGAAAGACCUCUCGCACACACAUACUCCUUCCACCGCAUCACGCCCCACGCAACCUACCCCCGCUUCACCGCUGUACUGGCAAUGGACAUGCCACUCCUGCCGCCUCGCAUACCCUCUCGGCGCAACGCGGCGCUGUCUCGAAGACGGCCACAUGUUCUGCGCCGGGGAGACAAUGGUGCGCAAGCGGCGCGGCGAGGGCGCAAGGAGCAAGAUGGUACGGAAAAGGAGCAGGGCGUGUGGGAGUGCGUUUGACUAUGCGGGAUGGAAGGGUUGGGGGCGAUGGCGUAGGAGGGCAAGUGUCAGCGGCAGCACCAGUAUCAACAGUGGCAUCAACACCAGCGCGGGUGCGGGUCUCACUCGCAGCGCCGGCAUCGCAGGACCAGCGGCGCGCAAGAAGAACUGCUGGCAGACAUGCGACUACCCCAGCAACUGCCGGUGGGGAACGAGCGUGGGUGUCGUCUCACCGCCGCCAACGCAGACGACAUUCUGCAGCGACGUGUUGCCGCUCGAGACCUCGUCGCUGGGGAAUUCGAUGCUGAAUACACCGACGUCGACACUGAACACCCCGACGCUGGCGACCCAGACCCUAAAUCCACCGACACCAGCGCCGACGCUGGAUCUACCGACGCUCACCCCAGACUCCCCGUCUUCAAACCCCACACGGCACUCCCCACAAACAUCCCUCCCAAUCCACACCCUCGCCGCCCGCGCCCGCCGCCGCAAGAGCCACGCACACGUGCACACCCCGCACGCUCUUCACGCGUGCGGCUCUCCAACCCCAACCACGCCCGCUUGGACAGCUGCAAGCGUAGAUAUCGAAAUGCAAGAUACCACUCCUGAGACCUUGGGUAUCGCCCCGGCGCUCCUGGCGCUCGAUUUGGCACUCGAUAGGGCCCCGAGGGGCGUCAUGUUUGCGUCGCUUGAUAUGCUUGCUAGUGCGACGGCGGGAGUAAGGGGGUAAGGGGCGGUUGUUGGGUGAUGGGUGAUCAGUCACGGCACUUGCAGUCUGGAGAAGCGUUGUUGUAUUAGUAAUGUGCCAGUGAUCAGGGUCAAGGUAGUUGAGACAGACGAGCGUAGGAGUGAGAGCAUCCGUUACUGGUGCAUAGGAUGGUUGAUAGAUGUACAUUAGCUGGACUGAUAGAUAUACACAUGCAAUAAUGUAAUAUGCUCCGCAC